AUGGUGGUGGUGGUCGUGGUGGUCGUGAUGGUGGUAGUGGUAGUAGAGGUGGUAGCAGUGGCGGCGGCAGCAGCUGCGACGCGGCGAGUCCGCUCCUCCCCCUCCCCGGCCAGGGGUGUUGGUGAGGGCCGGCGGGUGGGCGCCGCCUGGCGGGCGGGCGGACAGGGGGGCGGCGGCGGGCGGAGCGGCAGGCGGCGGCGCGGCGGCGGAGCGCAGCAUCAUGGCGGACCGAGACAGCGGCAGCGAGCAGGGUGGUGCAGCGCGGGGCUGCAGCACGAGACGCAGGAGCUGGCCUCCAAGCGGGUGGACAUCCAGAACAAGCGCUUCUACCUGGACGUGAAGCAGAACGCCAAGGGCCGUUUCCUGAAGAUUGCUGAGGUGGGCGCGGGCGGCAACAAGAGCCGGCUCACUCUCUCCAUGUCAGUGGCGGUGGAGUUCCGCGACUACCUGGGCGACUUCAUCGAGCACUACGCACAGCUGGGCCCCAGCCAGCCGCCCGACCUGGCCCAGGCUCAGGACGAGCCGCGCCGGGCGCUCAAGAGUGAGUUCCUGGUGCGCGAGAACCGCAAGUACUACAUGGAUCUCAAGGAGAACCAACGCGGCCGCUUCCUGCGCAUCCGCCAGACGGUCAACCGGGGGCCUGGCCUGGGUUCCACGCAGGGCCAGACCAUUGCGCUCCCCGCGCAGGGGCUCAUCGAGUUCCGUGACGCUCUGGCCAAGCUCAUCGACGACUACGGAGUGGAGGAGGAGCCGGCCGAGCUGCCCGAGGGCACCUCCUUGACUGUGGACAACAAGCGCUUCUUCUUCGAUGUGGGCUCCAACAAGUACGGCGUGUUUAUGCGAGUGAGCGAGGUGAAGCCCACCUACCGCAACUCCAUCACCGUGCCCUACAAGGUGUGGGCCAAGUUCGGACACACCUUCUGCAAGUACUCGGAGGAAAUGAAGAAGAUACAAGAGAAGCAGCGGGAGAAGCGUGCUGCAUGUGAGCAGCUUCACCAGCAGCAGCAGCAGCAGCAGGAGGAAACAGCGGCUGCCACCCUACUGCUGCAGGGUGAGGAAGAAGGGGAAGAAGAUUGA